UGGAAAUGCACACCAAAUUUUCUUUUUCAAACACCAGAUUAAAUGUAGAUUGUUACGAUAGAUGGCAUGAUAGAUCAGUGACGUAGCGGGCUAUUGGCUUAUUUUUGGUCUUCUGCAGCCAUGGCGUACUGUACGCGAGUUUUGCAUCGCCAGGGCCCGUGGUUGUUUGCCCUAGAAAUCCAACAGCGAUGUUUCCAUGUAUCUCCACUGGCUGCAGCAGUCAGCAAGGUUGCCAUGAGCAAAUUUGACAAGGAGACACUCCCUUAUGAAAAGCUUCUGAAGAACUUGGAGAUUGUCAAAAAGAGAUUGAACCGACCUCUCACUCUGUCAGAGAAAGUUUUAUACUCGCACAUCGAUGAACCUGCAACGCAAGAAAUUGAGAGGGGGAAUAGUUACUUGAGGUUAAGGCCUGACAGGGUGGCCAUGCAGGAUGCUACGGCACAAAUGGCUAUGCUGCAGUUCAUCUCGAGCGGUCUACCACGAGUAGCGGUGCCUUCUACCAUCCACUGCGAUCAUCUUAUCGAGGCCCAGACAGGAGGUACAAAAGAUCUGGCACGCGCCAAGGACAUAAAUGAGGAAGUUUAUAAGUUUCUGGCUUCUGCCGGUGCUAAAUAUGGAGUCGGAUUCUGGAAGCCUGGUUCUGGAAUUAUCCAUCAGAUCAUCCUGGAGAAUUACGCAUUCCCCGGUCUUCUGAUGAUCGGUACUGAUUCUCACACGCCGAAUGGCGGUGGCUUGGGUUGUCUGUGUAUCGGCGUAGGUGGCGCCGAUGCUGUGGACGUUAUGGCAAGCAUUCCUUGGGAACUGAAGUGCCCUAAGGUGAUAGGUGUGAAGCUGACAGGGUCACUCAGUGGAUGGACGUCACCCAAAGACAUAAUCCUCAAGGUUGCUGGCAUCCUGACGGUCAAGGGGGGUACUGGCGCCAUUGUGGAAUAUCACGGUCCUGGCGUUGAUUCCAUCUCCUGCACAGGUAUGGCCACCAUUUGCAACAUGGGGGCAGAAAUUGGAGCUACCACGUCCCUGUUUCCUUACAAUUUGCGUAUGAGGGACUACCUCAAAUCCACUAGGAGAGAAGACGUUGCAAAUGAGGCUGAUAAAUAUGCAAAGAACCUUCUGACUGCAGAUGAAAAUGCCCCUUACGACCAGCUUAUUGAGCUUGAUCUAAACACCUUGGAGCCCCACAUCAAUGGCCCCUUCACCCCCGAUUUGGCCCAUCCCAUCUCAAAGGUUGGAAAAACUGCGACGGAGAAGGGUUGGCCUGUUGAGAUCAAAGUUGGUCUCAUUGGCAGCUGUACCAAUUCGAGCUAUGAGGACAUGGGUCGGUGUGCUAGCAUCGUUAAGCAGGCAUUGAAACACGGUCUGAAGUCAAAGAUUCCCUUCAAUGUGACCCCAGGAUCUGAACAAGUCAGGGCUACUAUUGAACGGGACGGAAUUGCUCAAACAUUAAGAGAUUUUGGCGGUACUGUCCUAGCCAAUGCUUGUGGUCCGUGCAUUGGACAGUGGGAUCGCAAGGACGUUAAAAAGGGCGAAAAGAAUACUAUCGUUACAUCGUACAACCGAAACUUCACCGGCCGUAACGAUGCCAAUCCAGCGACUCACGCAUUUGUGACAUCACCUGAGAUCGUGACAGCUCUGUCCAUUACAGGAACCCUGAACUUCGACCCAACAAAGGAUAAACUGAAGGGAUCAGACGGUAAGGAAUUCAUUUUGGAUUCACCAUAUGGAGAUGAGCUGCCAGCAAAAGGUUUUGAUCCCGGUGAGGAUACAUAUGAAGCGCCACCUGUAGAUGGCAAAAAGUUGAAAGUGGAUGUUGACCCUAAGAGCCAGCGAUUGCAGCUUUUGGAACCAUUUGAUGUUUGGGACGGAAAGGACCUCACAGACCUCACCAUUCUUAUUAAGGUUAAAGGAAAAUGUACGACCGAUCACAUUUCGGCAGCUGGACCUUGGCUUAAGUACCGUGGUCAUUUAGACAACAUUUCUAAUAAUAUGUUUAUUGGUGCAACAAAUUAUGAAAAUAAUGAGAUGAAUAAGAUUAGAAACCUGCAAACAAAUGAAUGGGGAUCAGUUCCUGAGGUAGCACGAGCGUAUAAGAAAUCCGGUAUUAAAUGGGUGGCUGUUGGAGAUGAAAACUAUGGGGAGGGCAGCAGUCGCGAGCAUGCUGCUCUGGAACCCAGACAUCUUGGUGGCCGUGCCAUUAUCGUCAAGUCUUUUGCCCGUAUUCACGAGACAAAUCUGAAGAAGCAGGGUCUUCUACCCCUGACAUUUUCAAACCCCUCAGAUUAUGACAAGAUCCAACCCUCUGAUAAGAUAUCUUUACUCGAUCUGAAAAGUCUUGCACCCGGAAAGCCAGUCAAGGCAGAAAUUAAACAUACUGACGGCAAAGUAGAAGGUAUCUCCUUGAACCACACGAUGAACGAACAGCAAAUAGAUUGGUUCCGUGCCGGAAGUGCCCUGAAUCGCAUGAAACAGAUUGCUGCAGGAAAGUAAGCACUGUUGCUUUAUUAUAGGUAAGCAUUAGAGAAACUCUGCUGGUGAAACUCCUUGCCAUGUUUCCCACUCAUCUAACUGAAGCAUCACAUCAGAUUUACAGUGGAUCUUGUAAUAAUGAUGUAGAAUGCUGCGGGAAUUGACGGCUGGUGAAGACACAAAUAAGGUUAAAUUUUUACUUAAUCUUAUUGCUGGACGUCAGUGUUUAUACCGAUUGCCUUUUAGUUAAUGUGAUUAUACUUGAUGAUUAUUACAUCACCAACGGAAGAGCUUUUGAUGAAAUUCAUAGGUGAAAUUAAAUUGUGGUAUAAUAUUAACUUAGGAAUUCAGCAGAAUAUCAUGUAGAUGAUCCAUAUUACAAUAUUAGAGCAUAGAAAUUUUACUCAUGACUCAGCUGCAGUGGUUUACAGGGGACGACGGAAUU